AGCCCUGCCGUGCUGCCUCUCCUUCCUCCUGUCAGGUUACCUCUGCACAAUGGAUGCAGUGUGUGCCCGCAGCCUCCACCGCGAGCGUUGCCAUUGCACGGGCAGGCACUUUAUCCUCUCUGAUCUCUCUGCUUCUCCCCCCUUCCCCUGAGGGUUUGUUUUCCAGCAGGCUGAGUUCAAAAAGGGCACGAGAUACAGCUGGCAAACAGCCCGGCACUAAGCAAACCGCUUCAGUCUGAAUUGCAUGGAUUAGACCCAACUUUCAGCUCACAUGCAGAGCUACCUGGAGCUGCUCUGAAAUGCAGCAGUGGAGAUGCUGGCGUGAGUGUCAAGGUGGGGUGAAGUGGCACCCGGAGCCUGUGACAGGUUGGGGACAACUCAUCCAUGGUCACUGCAUGCUGCUGAUGACUCUGGGGGCAUAUUCGGUGCAGACUGCUGGGGCUGUUCGCCUUCAAGGAGACAAUCUGGCCUUUCCAGACAGCAACUUGAGAGCCAGCUGCUGAGGAGUCUGCUGGAGGCACCUUGUCCGCAGCCAGAGGUGAAGCUUGAUGCAUCGUGUCCUUGAGCCACUCUGAAUGGUGGCACCAGAUAGAGUAGCUCAUCCUGAGUGAGAGGCUCUUUGGCAGAGGAUUCACUCCCUGCCCCACCCCUGCUUGUCCUGUCUGACUUUCUGUCUCCCUCCUGCCGUGAGCGAAUUUGGAGGACAGUUGGAGUACCAUCGUGGUGCCUUUUUAUGGUAAAUAAGCUGCAAGGGAGCACUCGCUGCAGGAGGAGCUGCUGAGAGCCCAUGAGAUUGGGAAUGAUUUAAAUUGCUUUGGUUUAUAACGUCCCUUGUGGGGGCAGAAGGUGAAAGGAUGGGUUAAGCAGCAGUUUCUGCCCUGACUACCAGGAAGGAUCUCUGAACAGCUCUGUUCUUGCACUUACUGUUGGUUGGAGUGACAGAGAUUGGUGCUUACUGGAAAUCCUCUGACUGAGGCCAAACGGUUCCUAUGCUCCAAUGACGAGGGAUGCAGGCUCAGCAGUAAUGGCAGGAAAAGAAGCAAACCCGAAAAGCACAUGCUUUGCCAGCUCAUCAGUGGGGGCCAUGCUGAAGUCCAGCUUGCUUGAUUGCCAGCAGUUUGCUCUUGGCUCAGAGCUGCCAGACUGCACCACUUCUGGGGCAGCUGACUCCAGGCAAAGCAUUGCUGUGGGGCUGAGACAGCGCUCCCCAGCACUGGAGCUGGGAUACAGGAUAAGGCAGAAUAGAUUCAAUGUACUGAUGCAUGGUUGUGCCUUUGGAGGUUGGUACCUGGCGGAAGUUGGUGUUCUUCCCAGCCAUAUCUUCCUGCUGCACUCCCACCAGCAGUGAAGGAGCCUGGCAGCAUGAAGUUUGGGGCAUAGAUCCUUCUUAUCCUGGUGUGGAGUGGCCCUUCUGGCCCAGUCUCCCCUGCAUGCACUUUCAGCCUCACUCAGCUCUCAUGCUGUGAUGUCUGUAAUGUGCUUUUGGGUGAGCUCAUCAGCCCUCUGGGAUGGCUGGGGAUAAGUUGUGGCUGGCUCCGAAUGUCUUGUGGGGAUUCAUUUCCAGAGAUUAUUUUGGUCCCUGACACAUGAGCCCUGACGAGAAUGGAAGGCUUCAUGCACUCAUAGCAUCUCUGUGGGGGCACCUUUCAGGAGAGCCUGCAAUUCCUGCCCAAAUGAGGAGGUGGGCAGAGAACUGCAGCAGACCAUGUGGGUGGCUUGUGUGCUUGUCCCCUGCUCCCUUUCAGCCUGCUGGGAACCAAAGGGCUGCACCAGCAGACGGUGGUGGUGUGGUUCCUGUGUUCCCAGAGUGUCAAUGGUGGUCCACUGGAAAGAAAAACCCAAAUCAGCCAAGCUGAAAGGGGGGUUAAGUGAGCCCUCUGACUUGGAGGCAUUUUCUUUCUGUUCCCUAUCAUGGUGCUGCUGCCCUUCCCAGCUUAGCUGAGACUUGGCACCUCUUCUUGGCUUCCCAGGAGGAACAACAUGCCUGGCAAUGUGCGCACAGCCUUGCUGUGAGAUCAUGGCUGCCUCCUGCUUCCAGAUGCCUCUUCCAGAAAGCCAUUUAGAGCCCUGGGCUGCUGCUUGGAUAACUCCCUGCUCUGAUUCAUCAGCAAUGUGCAGUCUCUCCCAUUAUAUCCCAAAUCAGCCUGUGCUAAAGGCUGAGAGCGAGAGGCACUAUCUUUUAAUAACUAUGUGAUGCAGCUGGAAAAAACUUCAGGACUUGUAGUUUGUAGUUCUCUAGUGGCCUGGGUUAAUGGGAUGUUUGGGGGGGUAAACUGGGAUGGCUCUAGGAACUUCAGGCAGCAGUGCUGCUGUAGGGCUAUUCCUGGCUGAGUAAUGGCCACUGUAGGCUCCACCUCAUCCGUCUGGGAUUGCCACACCUGUACAGGGAGUUUGCUCUUGGUGGUGGGAGGAUCCAGCUUGUUUGGCAGACAUGUGCCCAGCUCUCACUGCUCACAAUCACCUCUGCUGAAGGUGCCUUUGGUUGCCCAGCUCACAGCUGUUGGAACUACACAGCUUUGUUCUCGGCAGCUUCUGCUACUUCUUCCAGGUGACAGCAAGGUGCAAAACCCUCAAGCAGAGCUGGGAUGUGCUCUGUGCACCUCAAGAUGGGAAUCCCUGCUUAGAGGGUGGUUCUUACAGCUGCUACUGCGCCCUGCCAGCUUUCUCAGCUAUUGCCACGUACCCCUACAACGCUGAAGCUUCUGAAGGCUCUAGGAUGCUGGGGCCAGCCAGACUAGGCCUGCCCACCUGAUCCUUGGCAUUCGCUUCCGCCAGCCCAUCAUGUUGUGCUCCUGGCGUGUCAAGCUGAAGCUGCUGCUCGCUACCGUCACCCUUGCCGUCCUCCUCUCCUGGCUCUACCUCUUCAUGGGCAGCCUUGAAUACGGCCGCUUUCUCCUGCUGCCGCCGUGCCUGGGCGAGCAGCCGAGUCGGGAUGUGGAGCGGGAGGCCCUGGCCUCGCAGGUGCGCCGGGUGGAGGAGGAAAACCAGCAGCUCCGCAUGCAGCUUGGCCAGGUGCAGGUGGAGGGCAGCGAUGGCAUCCCGCAGUGGGGGGCCUCUGCCGAGGAUGGGCCCCCCCUUGGAGGUGACAGGAACAACCGCACGGCCUGCCCCAAGCAGCGGAUGGUGCACAAGUGUGAGCUCCUGCACGUUGCAAUUGUGUGUGCUGGACACAAUGCCAGCCGGGAUGUGGUCACCCUGGUGAAAUCCAUCCUCUUCCACAGGAAAAACCCCCUCCACUUUCACUUCAUCACGGAUUCGGUGGCCCACCAGAUCCUCCAGACGCUCUUCCAGUCCUGGAUGGUGCCUUCCAUCCACGUCAGUUUCUACAACGCCGAUGAUUUGAAGCCAGAGGUGUCGUGGAUCCCCAACAAGCACUACUCUGGCAUCUACGGGCUGAUGAAGCUGACGCUCACCAAGGCACUGCCCUCCAACCUCUCCAAGGUCAUCGUCUUGGAUACUGACAUCACCUUCGCCACUGACAUUGCUGAGCUCUGGGCUGUCUUCGGGAAGUUCUCUGAAAAGCAGGUGAUUGGGCUGGUGGAGAACCAAAGUGACUGGUAUUUGGGCAACCUCUGGAAGAACCACAAACCAUGGCCAGCACUGGGACGUGGCUUCAACACAGGGGUGAUCCUGCUCUUGCUGGACCGUCUGCGUCGCCUGGGCUGGGAGCAGAUGUGGCGGCUGACGGCAGAGCGGGAGCUCAUGAGCAUGCUUUCCACCUCGCUGGCCGAUCAGGACAUCUUUAAUGCAGUGAUCAAGCAGAACCCAGCCCUGGUGUAUCGGCUCCCAUGCUUCUGGAAUGUGCAGCUCUCCGAUCAUACCCGCUCAGAGCUGUGCUACACCGAGGUCUCAGAUCUCAAGGUAAUCCACUGGAACUCGCCCAAGAAGCUGCGGGUGAAGAACAAGCAUGUGGAGUUCUUCCGCAACCUCUACCUGACCUUCCUGGAGUACGAUGGGAACCUGCUGCGCAGGGAGCUCUUUGGCUGUGCCAGUCUCCCCAGCCCGCCCAGCGACCAGCUGCAGCAGGCACUCGAGGAGCUGGAUGAGGAUGAUCCCUGCUAUGACUUCCGCCGGCAGCACCUCACGCAGCACCGCGUCCACCUGUUCUUCCUGCAGUACGAGUUCCUGGCCCUUCCCAACCCCACCGAUGUCACCCUCGUGGCCCAGCUCUCCAUGGACAGGCUACAGAUGCUGGAGGCCAUCUGCAAACACUGGGCCGGCCCCAUCAGCCUGGCGCUGUACAUGUCAGACGCGGAGGCCCAGCAGUUCCUGCGCUACGCCCAGGCCUCGGAGGUGCUGAGUGCCCGCCGCAAUGUCGCCUACCACAUUGUCUACAAGGAGGGGCAGUUCUACCCUAUCAACCUCCUGCGCAACGUGGCCUUGGCCAACACACAGACGCCGUAUGUCUUUCUGACUGACAUUGACUUCCUGCCGAUGUAUGGCCUCUACGAUUACCUCAGGAACUCCAUCCAGCAGCUGGAGUUGCCUCACAGGAAGGCAGCUCUUAUUGUGCCGGCAUUUGAGACCCUGCACUACCGCCUGACCUUCCCCAAAUCCAAAGCAGAACUGCUCUCCAUGCUGGACAUGGGCUCCCUCUACACCUUCAGGUACCACGUGUGGCCAAAAGGCCAUGCCCCAACUGACUAUGCCAAGUGGCGAACAGCCACCGUACCGUACCGUGUGGCCUGGCAGCCAGACUUUGAGCCUUACGUUGUAGUGAGGCGAGACUGCCCAAAGUACGACCAGCGGUUCGUGGGCUUCGGCUGGAACAAGGUGUCCCACAUCAUGGAGCUGGAUGCGCAGGAGUACGAGCUGCUGGUACUGCCCAAUGCCUUCAUGAUCCACAUGCCCCACGCUCCCAGCUUCGACAUCUCCAAGUUUCGCCUGAAUGCUGGGUACCGGGGCUGCCUACAAACGCUGCGGGAGGAAUUCCACCAGGACCUGUCGCGGAGAUACGGGGCUGCUGCACUCAAAUACCUCACCGCCGAGAGGAACCUAUGACACCUGAGGACAGUGGGUGCAGGGUGCUGGUAGCAGGCGGAGAAGGGAGGGUGCAGGGCCUCCUGCCCCAGCUCGCCUCGUAGCCUUGCCCAAGGGAUCUGAUUUGCAAUGGGAUGUCUGUAGAUAAGAGGGAGGAUGCCAGCUGUGAGAUCAGGCAGCGCCUGUGGGUUGAGUUGGUGCAGUGUGGCCCAGGAUUUGUUCAGAUCAUUCCUGUGUUAACAGGGGAGCUUCCACUGUGCCGGGGGACUGGUCUUCCCAUCCCUAGUUCUAGCAGAUAUCAAUUCACAGCUUUUGUUAGCUCACCUCAGCCCGGGGCCGGGCCUCGAGAGGCCCUGGAGCUGCACUUUUCCCCUCUCUGCUCCUCUCUGCAGUCCCAGUUUGCAAUCCUCUGCACAUCCCUGGAGCCUUGGCAAGUGGGAAAUGGCUAUGGGGACCAUCCUCUUGCGUCAUUUGUGGAGCAAGGCCUCAGAAGAGGUGUCCUGAUGAUCUAGGAGCUGAGGCCAGAGAUCACUAGGAGCUGCGGAGUCACUGGACCAAGGCUGGCUCCUCAUCCCCGUGGAUGCAGAGUCUCUCCUGGGAUGGCCCAGCUAUAAGUGAAAGCAGUCUGGUGCUUGGUACAAUCCUUCUGCCAUUGUGGUGGAUGGCAUAGCUUCACAGGGGGUCUGUGCUCCUGUGAAAGAAUUCAUGGCAGGGACUCCCAGUGCCUCCCCUACUCCUGGCAGUGCCAGGGCUGCCACCAACAAUCAGGGAUGGGACUGACCCCAGGGAGGCCAUAGCUGAGCACCGUGGUCUGCAGUGGGAGCAGCGUGGCUGGCUCUGCUCUGCAGCUGUCACACACUGGAGCACAGAGGAUGUGUUGCUUUCCUCAUGCUAUUUAAAUUAUUUAUACUUUUCUCAUAAAAAUUCAGUGGUUAGGGUGUCAUGGGUUUUUUGUUCUGUUUUUGUUUUGUUUUGUUUUUAAGCCUUUCUUGCACCUGGAUGAUUUUGCUGCUGGCACUGGAGCAGCUCCAGGCCCGGGGCUGCUGCAACCUAUGCUGUUCUCUUAGCAUUAUUCUGGUCUGCAAGAGCUAGAGCUGUGCAGGUGUGAAGAUUUCCGUCCGUGGUGGGAAUGGCCAGGAGGAGCCAUACAAAUCGCAUUGUCUGGGAAGGGCACAAGCGCCUCUUGCUUAUUCUCUCUUUUUAAUUUAAUUUUUAAAUUAAAGCUUUUUUAUUCUUUUUC